AUGACUGAACCGAAAAAACGACGAUUAGAGGAGGAAAAUGUGAGUUUUCUUUUGAAAUUUUUGAAGCAAAUGGAAGUUUUCAGGUUUCUCUCGAAGAAAUUUAUUCAGAAACAACUGGUUGGUUUGAUAUUCCAUACGAAAUGCGGAAAAUUGUGAUCGAUGAUAUGGAUGUUGAAACUAGAUGCAGAUUCACAAUUUGUUCAACAAAAUGUGAAAAUGAAGCGAAAAUGUCGAAAAAACUUUUCACAAGCAUGGCAAUUGGUCGAGGAAUCUUUCCAGAAUUGUAUAUUGGUCAUGAUGAAUACGGUUAUCGUUAUUGUCUCGAAUUCAUGGAAGUCAGUAAUUUGAGCAAUAAAACAACUUUCGUAGUUUACAAAACGUAAGUUGUUCAAAACUGUUUAAAAAACGUUGAAUAUCUAUUGUAAUUUUCAGAACAGCAAACAGAACAAAUCCAGAGAAAGAAACAAGAGUUAUGAAAUGGAUGAAAAUCGUUGAAAACGAAUCUGCUGAACAAGUUAGAAAUCGAUAUUUGAUCGAAAUAAUGGAAAAAUAUCAGAAUAAUAUUGUUUCUCUCAAAUUUGAUGACAACAAAUUGGUUUUCAAUGAUGAAAUCAAUUUCAAAAUUUUGAAAAAUCUCAAAAAAAUUAUUGAUAGAACUGGAAUAGAUCUCGUAAAAAAUGGAUUAUUAGAUGCAUCUCAAAUUAUUGGAGCAGAAACCGUGGUAGCUGAACAAACGCGUUUGACGCUCAAAAAAUUGAUGCAACUUGAAGCAUCAGAGUGUAAAGUUCGAUGCAAUAAUCUACACGGAUUAAAUAUGGCGGAGUUCUUGAAAAUGUUCCAGACUGGAAAAUGUCUAAGAAAUAUGAAACAUCUCAAGAUCUAUACAGAAGGCACUAUUUUGAUCGAUGAUUUUUCAGAUGAAUUGGGUAUUAAUUUUGUCGAAGAUGAAGAUGAUUAUGAUGAAAUGUAAGAAAUAUUUAUGUGAAUUUAGAAUCAAAUAGAAAAUAUAUUUCCAGAUACUCAUAUUUUGAUUUCGAUGUUGCUUACGAUGAUAAACAUUUCAAAGCAACCUUCACUUCUUAUUUUGAUCAUAUCAAAAUCGAUGUUAGAGGCAAAUAA